UUCCUCUAUAUUAUUGUAACAAGAAUAAGUGUUAUCUCUUUCUCUUUCAGGUCCGUGUAAAUGUUGUUCAAAAUAACCUGGCUCUGCUGAUAUACUUGAUGAGGAUGGUGAAGGCUUUAAUGGACAAUCCAACUCUAUAUUUAGAGAAAUAUCUCCAUGAGUUGAUCCCAGCGGUGGUGACGUGUAUUGUCAGUAAGCAGCUGUGUCUGAGGCCUGACGUGGACAAUCACUGGGCUCUGCGAGACUUUGCUGCCCGGCUGAUGGCUCAGAGCUGCAAGACGUUCAGCACAACAACCAACAACAUCCAGUCACGUAUCACCAAGACGUUUACUAAGGCAUUGUUGGAUGAUAAAACUCAGUGGACAACUCGUUAUGGCUGCAUUGCUGGACUUGCUGAACUUGGGCAUGACGUGAUAAAGACAUUGAUCAUCCCUCGGCUAUCUGUAGAGGGUGCUCGUAUUAAAGCUGUGAUGGAUGGGCCAGUGGUGUCCAACAUUGAUAAGAUCGGAGCUGAUCACGUCCAGAGUCUGUUACUGGUAAGUACCUCACAACAACACAAGUCAGUCAUUCAAAUGAGCAGUAGUUUUAAUUAUGUCGCUGUCAUAUUUGUUAGGGGCUGUAGCCCCUAUUGCAUCUGUUAGUUUACUUUAUUAUUA